AGGGAGCUCUGAGAAGACUGGUAGGGCCUAGGGCCGCUUCCGCUGGCGGAGGGUUUUCUUUCCGGCUGGCAGGGCGGUGGCCAGUCUUCCCUCCGCCCCUCUGAGGUUCCCUGGAGGGCGAGGCUGCCCGAUACUCCGCCAGGCUGGCCAGAAGGCCGACCCGGGAGCCUGGGUCCCUAGCAACUGCUUAGCUGAGCUCCUGACCACGCCUCCACGAGUUCCUAUCAAGUACAGUACUCCCUGACCUUUAAGGACUGUAUUUCAGGAUCAAAAAGGAAUCAAUUCCCACCCCAACUAUCAAAGAAAAAGGAGCAAAAGCACCGUAUCCAGCAGUUAUAGAUGGCAGAAGUGAAGUCGAUGUUCCGGGAAGUCCUUCCAAAACAAGGGCAGUUGUCUGUAGAAGAUGUAACCACAAUGGUGCUGUGUAAACCCAAGCUUUUACCCUUAAAAUCUCUGACUCUGGAAAAACUAGAGAAAAUGCAGCAAGCAGCACAGGAUACAAUCCGCCAACAAGAAAUGGCAGAAAAAGAAGACCAGCAAAUAGCCCACUGACUAGUACCACUUUAAGGGGACAACCCAUCUCACCUGUUCGGGAACUAGAAACUAUUCUGCAUCUAUAGGCUGAAAAUACAUAAUCAAACUGGACAUUCAUAAUUUUAAAAAAUAAAAUUUGGGAACUUAAACAUUGGCUUGUAUUAAAAAGAAAACUUUGAAUGAUGUUUUAUGGGAUCUUAAAAAGGUUUUCAAAAUUAUAAAUUACCUUAUUCAACCUACCUACUGUAGUAGUGUUAGAGAUUAGAUGUAUCUUUUCUGGAUGAUGGAUUCCUCAUCUUUUUAGACACCUAAAUCUAAAAAUAAACUAUUCUUGAAUAUAGUGUUACCCAGAAACAAACUUAACCAGUUAUGUACCAUGUCAUCCUUAAUGGUAUGUAGACUGACCAUAAUGACAGCAGUAACAAAACUGGUUUCUUAACAAAUUUGAUUUUUAAAAAACUUUCAGCUAUUUUGGAGUCAACUUAGCUUUUAAUUACACUAAUUUUAAGAAAUAGAGAAUUACAAAAGUAUUGAUUACCAAAUACAAAAACCUAGAAAUGCUUUAUUUUAGCCAUCACAGUAAUAAA